AACAUAGAACUCAUUUUGACAUCGGCAUCAAGAAGAGAAAGACGAUGAACUUCUUCAUUAUUUCCAGUGUACUCUUAGCAACAUUUUACCUGGCUAGCGGUGCUCCUGCCCCAGGAAAAAGUGUUGCUGUCAAAGUUCCAGAAAUAAAACCGAUUGGGUCUUCCAGUGAGGAUCCGCAGCAAAAGCCAGGAGACGUCCAACCACAAACGAAGCCAGAUAGCGAAGAUGGACUGGGUGGAGAGGAAAUAAAAGAAGACGAGGAGAAAACAGAAAUGUUUAAAGGGCCAGAAACAACAGAAGAAGAAGAAGAGGAAGAAAUUGCAGAGUUGAACCCUGAUCUGUUUGAAGGAGACUUGAAGCUCACAAAAAGCGAAAUUGACAAGAUCAAAGACAACACCAUUUCAAAGAAGGAUACCAUUGCCUUCGCAGAAAAAAAGUGGCCUAACGCCAGAGUUCCCUUUGUAAUCGAUGCAAAAUUUGGGAAGUAUCAGUUUCGUUCAAUCAUCUAUUAUUGUUUUUCAUACAAAAGUUGCUUUUUUCCAUCAAAGGUGCAGUCACAUAUUGCUAUGAAAACUGAAGUGUACUGCUAAAUUCUUCAAGCAGACUAAACGAUUUCAAUGAUUUUUAUACCUUUGUCUGCUAUAUUUGGUAGAUUGAAAUUCAUGAUUCUUGAAUGCCACAACGAGGUGUUCAUAGUUUGUAUUUCUUACUGUAUUGUGCUGUAUUAUGCUGUAACAUUGUGCUGUAUUGUGUUGUAUCAUGCUGUAUCGUGCUGUAUCGUGCUGUAUU